AUGUUUUUUAUUCGUGCUGCAUCAACAACGAAGAAUUCCAGAUUUUGCCGAGUUAUUUUUGAUUGCGCUUGGAAAUCGCAGACACGGGGAUCCUGGACGAACAUUCGCGUCAUUACCACCGUGUCGAUCAGUACAACCAGUGUGCUUCUGGAACGGAUUAUCGACAGAAAAGCAAGUGAAGUAUUGCUCGAGAUCUUGCGCCCAGAGUACUAUCACGUUGGCUAUGGUAGUGAAGCGAAGUGA